AUGAAGAUACAAAACCCUAGACUAAAUCAUCACUCCACCGGAAAAAUAGUUUCUCACCGGAAAAAAACAAUCACCACCGGAGUGCUAAUCUCGUCGGCCUUGUCACAAGAAUAUAACGUCGUUGCCACCGCCGGAGUGCCAACUACUCCUUCUAUCAUGUCCGCCCUUUCUGACCACUCUCUCCUUUAUGACGUUGAACGACCUGUAAAUCCAAGGAGGAACCUCCGACAGUCCGUCGCCGGUGCAUUUUCUGCAACUCCGUUCUGUUGCAGGUGCUCUCCAUCUCUCCAUUAUGUUGGUCAUCGAAUCUGGACUUGUAAGCAACUUCUUCUGAUCUCUCUUCCUCUCUCUAUGGUUCUCUCGUUUCUCUCACUAAAGUAG